CAUGCAGAGCAUCCGAGAAAAACGACGACAACAACAACAACGUCGGAAACAACAACAAAUAACAAGGCCACCGGUAACAGAGAAGGAGGGGACAAUAACAAUAACAAUAACAAUAACAAUAACAAUAACAAUAACAAUAACAACAACAACAACAUUGCUGCACAAACUUUCACCUUCAGGGAAUUAGCGUCGGCAACAAAGAAUUUCAGGCAAGAAUAUCUCCUCGGUGAGGGUGGCUUCGGUCGCGUGUAUAAGGGUCGUCUCGAAAAAACCGAACAGAUGGUAGCUGUUAAGCAACUCGACAGAAACGGGCUCCAAGGAAAUCGAGAAUUUCUGGUGGAGGUGUUAAUGCUAAGCCUUCUACACCACCAAAAUCUCGUGAAUCUAAUCGGCUAUUGUGCCGAUGGAGAACAACGGCUUUUGGUGUACGAGUAUAUGCCUUUGGGAUCUCUCGAAGACCAUCUACUAGACCUUUCGCCUCACCGGGCCCCACUACCGUGGUUCACAAGGAUGAAGAUAGCGAUGCAUGCUGCAAAAGGGCUAGAGUAUUUGCACGACAAGGCAAAUCCUCCGGUGAUCUACCGUGAUCUAAAAUCGUCCAAUAUAUUAUUGGAUUCGGAGUACAAUGCCAAGCUUUCCGAUUUCGGGCUGGCCAAGCUAGGGCCCGUUGGGGAUAAAUCCCACGUGUCCACGAGGGUUAUGGGAACAUACGGUUACUGUGCACCCGAGUACCAAAAAACAGGUCAAUUGACCGUAAAAUCGGACGUGUAUAGCUUCGGUGUUGUUUUGUUGGAAAUUAUUACUGGGAAAAGAGCUAUUGAUACUAGGAGAAGACCUGAUCAACAAAAUCUAGUCACAUGGGCUGAGCCGAUAUUCAAGGAUCCGAGCAGAUUCGCGGAGCUGGCGGAUCCGGUUCUUAGAGGGGACUUCCCAAAGAAGAGCUUCAAUCAAGCGGUUGCGAUUGCGGCCAUGUGUCUGCAAGAGGAUGCGAUCGUACGGCCAUUAAUCAGCGAUGUGGUGACUGCUCUGAGUUGCCUACCUGGGGAGCCGGACACAGGAUUAUCAGCCCGCCCCGUUUCUCCUCCUUCUCCUCAGUUGAUAGGAAGCCCGACCGGCGCCAACCAGAGCGAAAUCUCAGCCAAGGAACGAGAGAAAGCCGUCGCAGAAGCCAUUGCAUGGGGCUCGAUGUCGAGGAACAAUAGUGCACACUAAUUCAUAUAUAUAUACAUGAGGGCAUGCAUCAAAUUCGCUGACGUGUUUUUUCGACGAUUUGAUUAAACAUAAAGUGAUUUGUAGUAGUAAAUUAUACUAUAGGGAAACGGAGGCGUACAUUUGCAAGAACAUGACUUGCGGUAUAUAACAUUCGUUGCGGUGCGUGUGUACGUUUCGUUUAUACGUAUUUGAUAUGUAUGUAUGUGUUAUAAUACAUGAUAUAUAUAAUAUACCUACAUUGGUGUUAAAAC